UUAUUUAGUGCAGGUUGACAUUUAGAAAUAUUAGAUGCCUCAGUUUGGAUGGUUUGAUGCGAUGUUGUUAUAAUCCUAAUGUGUCCUCUCAUGUGAUUGGCUCUCUCCGAUGUGAGUCGGCUGUUCUGGUUCAUAGCAGAAGUGAAUAUAAGAACACACUGAGAUCUAAAGUUUAUUAACUCGUGUAAAGAUGAGUCUGAAGUGUGUGUAUGUGCUCUUCAUAUGGAUUAUAUGUGUUCACUCGACACGACGUCAUGACGCUCGAGUUAUAGACACCGAUCGAGGUGUUUUUCGCUAUUCUAUUGGAAACAGAGGUGAUAGUGAUUUCAUUAAACUGGUCAAGAGCUCCACAAAUGGAUCAGUUUGGGUUGCAGAUCAAGAGAACCUCUAUCCCAUUAACACAACAACACAGGGGAAGCCACCUCAGAUGAAUGAUCAAUGUGAAGAAAACUCUAAGUGCAAGUACACAAUCUCUCUAGUCAGAGACGGGCUGGAUGAAAAUCUCCUGUUGGCCUGCAGAUCUAAUGAAGAAGAAACUAAGUGUUAUAAUCUGAACUCAAGUUAUUCUGUCAGCUUUCAGUUUGAUUAUAGCAUCGACAUUCACGAACCUUCAUUACUUAUUGGCGAUAUGCUGUACUUUACCAAAUCUAAUUCGGGACUGUACAGAAUAAACCGAAAGGACUGGAGAGAUAAUAUCUGGCCACAUCCCACUGCAACAGAGACGUACGUGAAGCUGAUGGCCAGUCAAGACAACACAAAGGUUUUUUCAUUCUUCACAGAGAGACACAGAAGUGUCGGUGGAGACUGUGAAUCUGGUCUGUGGAUUCCACGCGUGUCUCAGAUCUGCACGAAUGACAAAGGAGGAUCUAAAGACGUUCUUCAGUCCAGCUGGACGUCUAAGAUUAACGCCCGUCUGUACUGCGGGGGGGUGGAGGGAGAACAGCCCUUCUCUAACAUUGUCGACGUGGACACUAUUAAAACACACAAUGACGUCAAGAUCUAUGUCCUCUUCAGAAACUUCUGGAACAUGAGUGCAGUGUGUGUUUACAACAUGAGUGAAAUCAACAGCGUCUUCAAUUCCUCUGAAUUCAUGGAGAUGAAGAACAUAAAGGCUCCAGAGGGUCAUCGGCCUGGACAGUGUGUUGAUGACAGCACCCGUCUGAGAGCUGGUGUCUUGAGGUUUAUGAAGGAGGGUCCUGAGGUGAAGGACAGGAUCAUGCCAGAGACCAGACCUCUGAUUUUUCAUCAUCAUCACUACACACACAUAAAAGUGGACACAAUAAAAAAGACUACUGUACUUUAUCUGGCUCUGGAAAGCGGCGGGGUUCAUAAAGUCCUGGAAGAUCAGCCCGUCUUCAUCAUCGCUGAGUUUCGGCCGUUUCCAUACAGGACUCACAUCAGCAGCAUGCUGUUAGACACGUCUGAGAAGCGUCUGUAUGUGAGUUCUGCUAAGGAGGUGAUUCACAUUGACCUUCAGAUGUGUCAUGUGUAUGGAGAUGACUAUGAGAAAUGUUUAAUAUCCAGAGACCCUUACUGUGGUUGGAACGGUUCUCAGUGUGCCCCCGUCUCACAAAACUCAGUCCAGGAAGCGACAUUUGGUGAUUUACCUGAAGUGGCUCAAUCUAAGCGUGAAACAGACGGCAGAGUGCCCGUGUCCAUCGUCCCAGCCUCCUCCAGAUAUUACCUGCACUGCCCGACCAUUUCACGUCACGCCUCAUACCACUGGUACCGCGGUAACACCCGUCUGGAGUGUGUUCGGAGCCUUAACGCCUGUUUGUAUCUCAUUGAGAGUAUGAAUGAGACUCAUGAAGGUUCAUACAGGUGUGAAUCCACAGAAGGUAAUUAUCAAGGAAUCAUCACCAGAUAUGAGCUCAGGAUGAACGCAUCACCAACUCUUACGGUCAACACCGCACUUGUACCAUGUUUAUUACUUCUGCUGACUCACCUGCUCUCAUAGAGACAUCAAACCCUUCCAAUCCACCCUUUAACAAAACAAUAAUGUGUUAGUCAAAAUAUACAUGUUGAUCCAAUGUGCCAUAGGAGGCUGAAGAACAUCAUUCGGUCUGUGAAUAUCUGUCAUGAUGUAACAGGGUGAGGAGUUUUAGCACUUCUGUCAUUCUUACCAUCGGUGUUUUCUUCCAUUUACAUAAUUCAUCACUUUUAAUGUAUUAUCAGAAUAACCUAACCUACUUUCAGAACGCAGGUUAUCAAACAUGAAAUCAUUCUGUCUUUUUAAAUGUACAGUUUGCUAAGGAUUGAAAGUCGUAUUUAUUUCCUUUGUGCGAGUGAAAAAUGUGCAAUAAGACCUUCCCCACUGUGACUACUUGUGUUUUAUUCAUUAUGAGAUCAGAUAUUUUUCUAUUUUAUAUGGCUGUUAUCAUUUAUCUUGUAUUUAUUGCUCUUUGAAUAAAAGAGUAAAAUGUUAGGAAUAUUUGACAUAACAAAUGUAGGAGUAAAAUCCAGCAAACUCACACACACACGCACACGCACAAGUGUUAUAGAAAUUAACUUGUGACCCCUUUCUCUCUUUCUAAAGGUCAUGAGUUUUUAGAAAAGUUCUCAAUGUGUGAUCAAUGUUCAGGACAUCUUUCGUCAUUUAUUUUCCACCUGUCUAAAUAAAACGUUCUUAGUUUCAA